AUGGGAUUGCUCGCCGGCACUUGUCGGUCCCUCUCCCGUCCCUGGGCCCGCUCCUUGACGACAUCACAACCUUCAGCUGCUGCUCAGGAGUCUUGCAAUGUAUGGCAUGUGAACUUAGAAGCUGUUCCAGAGUGGGUGAAAUGUGUCAUUGAAAAGACACAGUGGACAAUUGGAAAACUGCACUGUCCAUUCUGUGAGGCCUGUUUAGGGGGCUUUAACUUUGUUUGCAACACAAAGUGUUCCUGUGGACAGGUAGUAAAUAUACAUUUCUGCAAAAGUCAGACUGACUAUCAGCCAGCUUUCUCUGUUAAAUUGGCAAAAUCAUCAGGAAAACACUUACCUCUCCUCAAAAUUCAGUCUGGUUUUAGCAAGGAUACCUGCCAUGAAGUGGUAACUGCAACUUUGGAAAUCGAAAAUCAAGGGCUUUCAUACAUGGCCAGAAAUAACAAUGGCACUGGAAGAUUAACUGAAGCACUUUGUCUGGAAGUAAGAGCUCCCAGAUUUGAGAUGAAAAGUAAAAAAGUUCCCUUAAAGACAUUAAAUCCAACCCCAAAUCUUUCUGCUUCCUAUCCUAUGAAUGAUGCAUGCACUGUAAAAGCUUUUCACAGAAGAUCACAUAGUUUGGAUUUAAAUAUCAGAGAGAGACUUGUUUUGUCAUCUGUGUUAUAUGAAACUUGCAGUAUGGGAACAAUUUACCAUGGCCAAAAUGAAAAUCCACCUGCUCACACACGAAGUGGCUUGCAAUUAGAGUCCAAUAGGAAAGAUGGUAGUUCUUUUCAGGACCUAUAUAGUUCCAGUGCUAACAAACUACAAAAAAGGUUUAGAGUUACUUCCUUUACCACAUUAGUACAUAGAGAAGCAGAAAGUGAGUGUGAUUUUGAAGCUACUGGACGAUCUUCUGGGAGUGCCAUUGCUGAUGGGUCACCUUUUGUGAUGAACCUUUCUUCACCUACAAGUGUUGUAGCAGAGGAAAAAUACAUCACACCUGUUGGUCUUGUGCAGCCUACAAGUAUUUCCUUCAACCAAAAGCUGAGUAAGAGAGAAAGAAACAAGUUGAAAAGCUUGAGGAGAAAACAAAGGCGGCGGCAACGGUGGCUACAGAAGCAAGGAAAAUACUCAGGGAGCUACUGGAUAAAUACAACACUUCAGGAUUGUCUCAGUAUAUCUAUAUAUACUCUUAAAAUUUUUUAUGAUCAUCUUGAAGCUAGAAUAUAUAGACUAGAAUAUAAUGUAGCUAUACUGUCAUAUCUUUACUGA